AGGUGGAGGUGGUGCUCCUCCUCCUCAACAGCGUCGCCUCGCGUCGGCGUCGCCUCUCACCACCCAACCACCAGUCCACCACCCACCUCUCUCCCUCCCCUCCCCUCCCCAAACCCAACCCGAGCCGAGGCCGGAAUUUCCUUUUUGGUGCGACGACGACGAGGUGAGGGUGAGCCAACCGCCGGAUCGCGCCGCCAUGUCGCUCGACGAGCUUCCGCACAAGAAGCUGGCAUCCUCGGAGGGAAUUCGGUUCGCGCGGUCGGAUUCCAGGUUCCGGAGCCUUAGCCCAGCGCCCAUCCCAAUCCCAACUGCCCCAAGCUUCAGAUCAUUGGUCGACCCGGUUUCUGAUGAGAGAGUAAACCAUGAUACUGUGACCUCACAUGAAAGUGAAAUUGGGUCUGGGUCCAUCUCCACAGUUAGCUCAACAGUUAGUUCAGUAGAAUCAGAGAAAGCAGCUUAUGAAUUCCUUGCUCAAACUCCUAUCAAGUCAACCGAUGCACACCUUGUUGAGUUUUCAGAAGCUAUGAGAACUGUUGCAAAAGCAUUGCGACGAGUUGCAGAAGGGAAAGCUGCUGCUCAAGCUGAGGCGGAAGAGUGGAGGCGUAAAUAUGAAUUAGAGAUGGCACACAAACAGCAGAGAAAAAUCAAAGGCUAUGGCAGUUGUGCCAAUAAUGAAUUAGAAAAGUUGGCCAGCCAACUAACACUGGAGACGCCUGCAUCUGAUCAAGCGGGAUGUUGUGGAAAUCAUGGUAUAUGUUCACAUGAGGUUCUUCAGGAUGAAAGUCCUGGUCCUAACCCCCGAUCUAGUCACAAGCUGGUGAGUAGAAAGGCAUCAUUUAGACUUUCAUGGGGAUGCAAUGGGGAUAAAAACGGCCAGCACAAGCAUGAUUUUGUAUCAUUUGAAAAGGGAGAUAUAACAACAGCAGAGCGCAGCAACAAGCAGAUUUUGCUGAAAUGGGAAUCCUCGCCACAAACUGUUCUUUUCAUAACCAAACCUAAUUCUAACUCCGUGCAUGUUCUUUGUGCUGAAAUGGUCAGAUGGCUUAAGGAACAUAAAAAGAUAAAUGUUGUUGUAGAGCCACGUGUUAGCAAGGAACUCUUAACAGAAGAUUCCUACUACAAUUUCAUCCAAACAUGGGAUGAUGAUGAGGAGAAAAAGAUGUUGCACACAAAGGUUGAUCUCAUUGUAACUCUUGGUGGUGAUGGGACUGUUUUAUGGGCUGCGUCUUUGUUCAAAGGGCCAGUUCCUCCGGUUGUUGCUUUCUCCCUAGGAUCACUGGGAUUCAUGACACCUUUCCCAAGUGAGCAAUAUCGUGAUUGUCUGGACAAUGUGCUGAAUGGACCAUUUAGCAUCACAUUGAGAAACCGUCUACAGUGCCAUGUAAUCCGUGAUGCAGCAAAGGAUGAACUUGAGACUGAGGAGCCAAUUUUAGUGUUAAACGAAGUCACAAUUGACCGUGGAAUAUCAUCUUACCUUACCUACUUGGAAUGCUACUGUGAUAGUUCUUUCGUUACAUGUGUACAAGGGGAUGGACUGAUCAUAUCAACAACAUCUGGAAGCACGGCAUAUUCAUUGGCAGCUGGAGGAUCCAUGGUUCAUCCACAGGUCCCAGGAAUCCUAUUCACGCCGAUCUGCCCGCAUUCCCUGUCAUUCAGGCCUUUGAUACUGCCUGAAUAUGUGACCCUGCGCGUACAAGUGCCACAUAACAGCAGGGGCCAAGCUUGGGCAUCAUUCGAUGGCAAAGAUCGGAAGCUGCUGUCACCCGGGGAUGCUCUCAUCUGCAGCAUUUCUCCAUGGCCUGUGCCCACGGCUUGCCUGGUGGAUUCAACAACCGAUUUCCUACGCAGCAUCCACGAGGGUCUCCACUGGAACCUGAGGAAGUCCCAGUCAUUCGACGGCCCGCGUGAUUGAUCCCAGCUCCUGGAUACAGUCCAGUGUCAGAGUUGAGAGUUUCAGCUGGCCAUCAGAAGAGUUUCCCACGAGUCCAGCUAACACCGAGCGGAUAAAUGUACCUAGCAGAGUUUGUUGCUUGUUACCAUUCCAUAUACAUAUACAUAUACAUAUACAUAUACUAGAAGGCUGCUGCGUGUAGAUUUGGGGUAAGUACUGGGGACUGAAGAAUGAAUCGAAAUAGAAAGUAUCGAGAAUACACUGUGCCAUGAUGAAUGUAUAACAGUAGAUGUGGCAGGCAACAUAUACUGAUGUGCACUAGCAUCUGAAGUAGCAUGGGAGAGUAGAUACCGGUGACAAGUCAUCGAAGUGUAAAAACACAACAUGUAUACUGGUAUAUAUAUGUACCCCCAUGAUCUGAAUGAAAUAAUUUGACCAUGGAAAGGAAA